UCUCGGGUCGCAGUCAGGCAGCCUGCCGGACCCCGCGCCGGGGCCGGGUGUGUGGGCGUCCUGGUCCGGCGUCCUCGGCUUUCGCGCCUCGUGCGCCCCUUCGGGCCUGAGGCGAGGCGCGAGCGGCGGUCCGGGAGCGGGCGCCGCGAGGAGGGACCCCACUCGCUCGUCAGAUCGCACCCCGCGUCCCGGCCGGGUGUGCGCGACCGCUCCCGCUCAGGCUUGAGGCCGGCCUCUUGGUGGUCGUGGCGCCCGCGGGGCGGUGAGCGAGCCUCCUUGCAACUGAGGUGCUCACCUCAGGAGGCGCCAUGAGCGGUUUUGGACAUGCGUCACCUUUUUGUACCCGCGUAACGAACCCACGAGACGGACGGCCUCAGAGUCGCCCCUUUUACCGACGGGGAAACUGAGGCUCACGGAGAUCAGUGCGUGCGCCGCCGGCCCGGAGCUGGCGAGCGGUGGCUCCGGAUUGGAACCGGGGUUUGCUUUGGCGUUUUCCCCGCAGCCAUGAAGUUGAAGGAGAAGUCGUCGAGGCCAAAGUCGCAGAGCUAUGGCAAAUUUCAGACGAAGGGAAUCAAAGUUGUGGGGAAAUGGAAGCAGGUGGAGAUUGACCCAAAUAUGUUUGCAGACGGGCAGAUGGAUGACUUGGUGUGCUUUGAGGAACUGACAGAUUACCGGUUGGUUUCUGCCGCCAAGAAUUCCUCCAGCCUCUUCUCAAAGGAGCCUGGGAAGAGAAAGGCACAAGCUCUUUCCGAAGGAGAGGAGGAAGCAGAGGCUAGCUGCUCAAAGAAAAAGAUGAAGUUGAAGAAGGGUAAAGAUGUGGAAACGGAAGGAACCAGUACCCAGGAAGAGUGUGAAGUCAAAGAUGCCGAGCCAGAGGCCCAGGGAGACGGCACAGGUUGUCCCGAUCCAGAGGUAGGGGAGAUGGCAUCAGAAAGCCCGGCCCAGACUAUUCCGAAAAAGAAGAAAAAGAAAGGAAAAAAAAAAUUGGAGGCUUCCCAAGGUACUACUCCAAAGGGGCCCAAAAAAGCGAAGACGUGGAUGCCUGAAAUGCGUGACCAGAAGGCAGACGUAUCAGCUUGGAAGGACCUGUUUGUACCCAAGCCGGUUCUCCGAGCACUCAGUUUUCUGGGCUUCUCUGCACCCACCCCAAUCCAGGCCCUGACCUUGGCACCUGCCAUCCGUGACAAACUGGACAUCCUUGGGGCUGCUGAGACAGGCAGUGGGAAAACUCUUGCUUUUGCCAUCCCAAUGAUUCACGCAGUGCUCCAGUGGCAGGUGAAGAAGCAGCCUACCCCAGCUCUAAGUAACACAGGAGCAGCUCCUGGCGAGACCAGAACCGAGGCUGGAGCCGAGACUGGAUCACUAAACAAAGGUGGAACUGAGUCUGGAGUUUUGCCUGAUGAGAUUGAAACUGAAGAUGAAACACUGCCCAGUGAGGCUGGAGCGAAGGCUAGAUCCAAAACUAGAGCUGCCGUCCCAGACCCGGUGUUGCCCCUCUGUGAUGAUGAUGCCGGGGAAGGACCUUCUUCCCUGAGCAGAGAGAAACCCAUCCCCGAAGAGGAUGACGACGAAGAGGAAGAGCUUGAUGAAGAGCAGACUGCAGAGUUAAAACAAGAAUUGAGUAGCAAAAUUGCCACCUGUAAAGCACAUCCAAAGCAUCCUCUGCUUGGACUGGUUCUGACUCCCACUCGAGAGCUAGCUGUCCAGGUCAAACAACACAUUGAUGCUGUGGCCAAGUUUACUGGAAUUAAAACUGCUAUUUUGGUUGGUGGAAUGUCCACGCAGAAACAGCAGAGGAUGCUGAACCGCCAGCCUGAGAUUGUGGUUGCCACUCCAGGCCGCCUGUGGGAGCUAGUUAAAGAAAAGCACCCUCAUUUGAGUAACCUUCGGCAGCUCAGGUGCCUGGUGGUUGACGAGGCUGACCGGAUGGUUGAGAAAGGCCACUUUGCUGAGCUCUCACAACUGCUAGAGAUGCUCAGUGACUCCCAAUACAACCCAAAGAGACAGACGCUUGUUUUUUCUGCCACACUCACCCUGGUACAUCAAGCUCCUGCUCGAAUCCUUCACAAGAAGCACACUAAGAAAAUCGACAAAACUGCCAAACUUGACCUCCUCAUGCAGAAGAUUGGCCUGAGGGGCAAGCCAAAGGUCAUUGACCUCACAAGAAAUGAGGCCACGGUGGAGACGCUGACAGAGACCAAGAUUCACUGUGAGACUGAUGAGAAAGACUUAUAUCUGUACUACUUCCUGAUGCAGUAUCCAGGCCGCACCUUAGUGUUUGCCAAUAGUAUCUCCUGCAUCAAACGCCUCUCUGGGCUCCUCAAAGUCCUGGAUAUCAUGCCACUGACCCUCCAUGCCUGCAUGCACCAGAAGCAGAGGCUCAGAAACCUGGAGCAGUUUGCCCGUCUAGAAGAUUGUGUUCUCCUGGCAACAGAUGUGGCAGCUCGGGGCCUGGAUAUACCUAAAGUCCAGCAUGUCAUCCAUUACCAGGUCCCUCGCACCUCAGAGAUUUAUGUCCACCGAAGUGGUCGAACUGCUCGUGCCACCAAUGAAGGCCUCAGCCUGAUGCUUAUUGGGCCUGAGGACGUGAUCAACUUUAAGAAGAUUUACAAAACCCUCAAGAAAGAUGAGGACAUCCCACUGUUCCCUGUGCAGACAAAGUACAUGGAUGCAGUCAAGGAGCGGAUCCAUUUAGCUCGACAGAUUGAGAAAGCCGAGUAUCGGAACUUCCAGGCUUGUCUGCACAACUCUUGGAUUGAGCAGGCAGCAGCUGCCCUCGAGAUUGAGCUGGAAGAAGAGAUGUAUAAGGGAGGAAAAGCUGACCAGCAAGAAGAGCGUCGGAGACAAAAGCAGAUGAAGGUCCUGAAGAAGGAGCUGCGCCAUUUACUCUCCCAGCCAUUGUUUAAAGAGGACCUGAAAACCAGGUAUCCGACUCAGUCUGGCAAGCUGCCCCUGCUCACGUCUGCUCCAAGAAAUGCCGAGUCCGCUUUGAGCUGCCUCUCCAAACAGAAGAGGAGGAAGAAGAAGAAACCGAAAGAGCCGCAGCAGGAGCAGCUGCAGCCAAGUACAACUGCAGAUUAGUUACCCCCAGGUCAGAGUCUGUUGGUGACGUUGUCUCUGUUCUCUGGUUAUAUGGAAAACCUUCCCACCUUUCGUUUCAUUCCACUCUCAACUCCGGUUAUCAAAAUCUCCCUCUCUUAUGGUGGGAGAGACCUCGUGCAGAUUUGUGUUGUUUUGGAGUAAGAAUUCUGUGCAGCAGCUUAUUUAUUUCUGUAUUUCAGUGUUUACGGGCUUCCUUUGUGUUCAGCUUUAUUUCCUGAAUUAAAAGUAAUAAUCAGAA